ACACAGAUGCAUGCUCAGUCCUGCAUCACCUCCAGGUCUUUAUGAUAUAAACAGACACGCACGUGAAGGCAUUUUCCCGUUCCGUCGUUUUUACGCAUUGCAUUGAUAUCUGGAAUGUGCUGUUUUCUCGCUAGCGCCGUUUCCAUGCCAGCAUGGGAACUGCAGUGUCCAAAAGGAAGAAUCUGAGAAAUGAUGCGAUUUCUUCGGUGGCGGCCAAAGUUAGAGCAGCCCGAGCAUUUGGAGAGUAUAUUCACACUCAUCCUGAGAACCGCAACGGAUCAGAUCACUUACUCUCUGACACCCUCAUUGGCCACGACUCUGACUCCCCAGAAAGCCUGUGCGCCCAGAACAACAACCUCCACAAAUACUCUCUUCAGGAUUCCAGCAACCCUAGACUGAUCAACCCCGCUCUCGGCCUCCUGGAACCUCCCCCUCCGACCACAUCCUCCAAGAGCCGGCUGUCGCUCGAGCGAAGCUUCUCAGCAGAGGAGGACCAGCAGAAGUGUGUGGAGUGCUCCCUGCAGCCUGCCCGGGUCUACACCAUCACCGGAGAGAGCGGCAUGUUGGGGACCAGCCGGGGGAGCAAGGAGAACCUGGAGCUUGAGGUUCUGAAGGAGGCGCUCGACCAACCCUCCAGUUCCUCGUCUCCAACGCAGCAUCAUCGCCACCAUGGACCCGGAGGUGCGAGUGGUAACCACCACCAUCACAUCAGCAGCGGCGGAGUAGGAAGCGGGGCGACCAACCAUCAACUCACCAGUGUCGCCGGAACAUCCCAUCAUCACCAUGGACCUGCUCAUCACCACCACCACCUCUCCCAGCCUCUGCAGGGCUCGGUCAGUGCGCACAACAUCCGCGGCUGGGGGGAGGGAAAGGAAUGUGGCCUUGCAUGCGAGGCCUGUCCAGGGACACCGUCGCGCAGCCAGGGCUCGCUGGACCUGGAGAGCAGCACCCGAGAGGCAGGCAAGCAGCACCGGCCACCACUAGAGCGGAUGUGCAGUGUGGACCGGGUGACUGGGCAGGAGCGAGAUGACAACACUUGGUUCCCUAAAGAGAACAUGUUCAGCUUUCAGACAGCUACCACAACCAUGCAGGCGAUUUCGGCUUUCCGGAGUCUAGCAGAGAGAAAGAGGAGAAAGAGGGCGGUGGAGUCAGUUGCCGUCAUCCAGAGGAACUUCCGGAAGCAUUUAAGAAUGGUGGGCAGCAGAAGAAUAAAAGCACAAACGUUUGCAGAACGCAGGACGAAGAGUUUCAACCGAUCCUGGAGCGAUCCGACACCUGUCAAACAAGACUCCCUACACGACUCAAAAGACAGUGGAGAAUUGCAGACCACCUGCUGUACUCCGGAUGAGGGAGGAUGCGAGGACCGGGACUGGGAGGAUGAUAGAGAGAUGGAGAGACUGGCGUGUGAGGGCGACGACUUCAUCCCACCUAAAAUUAUGCUGAUAUCGUCUAAAGUUCCCAAAGCGGAAUAUGUUCCCACCAUCAUUCGUCGGGACGAUCCUUCUAUAAUACCGAUCCUAUAUGAUCACGAGCAUGCUACGUUUGACGAUAUUUUGGAAGAGAUUGAGAAGAGAUUGACGGCCUACAGAAAAGGCUCCAAGAUCUGGCGGAUGAUGAUCUUCUGUCAGGGUGGCCCGGGGCAUCUUUACCUACUAAAGAAUAAAGUGGCCACCUUUGCCAAGGUCGAGAAAGAGGAGGACAUGAGCCAGUUUUGGAAACGCCUAAGCCGGUUUAUGAGUAAAUUAAAUCCAGAGCCAAACUUGAUCCACAUCAUGGGCUGUUACGUCUUGGGCAAUCCGAAUGGAGAAAAGCUGUUCCAGAAACUGAAGAACUUAAUGAGGCCUUAUUCUGUCACGUUCGAGUCGCCACUGGAGCUCUCCGCUCAGGGCAAGGAGAUGAUCGAGAUGUACUUCGACUUCCGUUUGUUCAGGCUUUGGAAAACUCGUCAGCACUCCAAACUCCACGACUACGAAGAUCUGUUGUGACCCUGCGCAGGUCAGCGCGUUGCAACGCGGGCGGGAUGCCCCACUGUCCAACUCCAUCUCACCAGCUUUCAUUUAGGAAAACAGGAACGCGAAAGAUGACAGACGCAGCCACUUUGCUGCCAUCGCUGCUUCUCUGACGUUCUCUGAGCCCUACGCGGCGGAUUCAUACACCCUUAUAAUGAUAUCACACGAGAAAAAUAAACAGGUCCAACAGAACAGACUGGACCAAAAUAAAGUUGAAUCAGAAGAGGACAUGUUUUGGGCUUCCUGAGUGUGAAGGUGUUCGCUGAAGCUGUCGACAUACAGUAUAGUUUUGCGUACAGUAGCAUCAAUUGGAGAGUCGGUCGCUCACCUAAGAGGGUUGUCCUCGCAAAAUGAGUCCUGUGUGCAAUAUCAAACCGUGUUUUAUGAAACUUAUCAUUAAAAAGAAAAUAGUCAUGAAAUAAGCAUAUAUACAGGUAUAUAUAUAUAUUGAUAUACAUACAGGUAAUACAUAUAGAGUAGCUCUAGUCAUGCAAAUAAUCUAAAUGUCAAUGGUACACAAUUUACUUUGUCAGAGUUUAUUGUUGUGGUUUUUCUAAUGAACUCUUUUGAAUAACUCAGGUUUAAGCCUUUAUGAAUAUAUAAUCCAGAUGUGUUUGGAAGUCCUCGUUUGCCAUUUACUGGAAAGAAUGUACAGUCAUUUGUUUUACGUUAAGAGGUCUAUUUCGGUACAUUUUUCAUCUCCUGAUUCAUAUGCACCUGAGGAUUGAGAAGUCACGUGGUUACAAGAAGAUAAAAGAUUAAGCUAAUAAAUGUCCUCAUAUAACAAUAACAGUAGGCAGUUUUUAAACAAUGAUUCAAUUGUUUGGUCUGAAAAGUACUCCCCGAAACCCCCCGUCCCCCAAAUCUUGUCUUUCAUUGGAUUACUUAACAGCCAGUCAGUGGUUCUCUUUUUCGUUGUAAGGCCCCCUUUGUGUAGAGUACAUGGCUUUGCGGGCCCCCAAAUAAAUACUUUUUUAACUUAGGAUUUUAAUUAAACCCAAAACAUGUUCGGGUAUACAAUGCAGGAACGUCCUUGGUGGUUCGUGAUCUUGCAUACAAUCUAUUAUAAAUUUUUAUAUUUCACAAAAUCUGCGGCCCCCUGGAAUCAUCUUGGGUCCCCCCUGAUGGAGAACCACUGAUGUAACUGACAUGAGUAACGUUGUGAGCAGUCAUGGCAGCUGGUUACUAUUGUAGGUAUCAACUCAGGAAAAUUUGUCAAAACAUAGAAAGUGUCAUUUAAAUUUUUGCUCAUUGUGUCUAGUCGGUUCAAUAUCAAAACGCGCCAAACAACACUUGCAUCUGCCUGCAGGAGGUGGAUUGCGAGAGAUGCAUUAAUUGAAAGUGAGCCACUGGGUCGAAAAAAUUCUAAUCAUAGUGUUUCAUUCAAAACAAAAAGUAUUUACUUCCACUUCUUAAAACAACUUUCACACCAACAAAAUGAUGUCAAAUCGAUUUUUUUGGGUUCGCACUAAAAGCUCCUUCGCUAGCUUAUUUUGUGUUACUGUUUAGUUUGAGCAGGUCAUAGGUGUGGUUGGUCAUGAAGAUGCAUUCUUCACAUAGGUCACUGUUGCCUUAUGGGGCAAGAUGGUAUUUGACGGCCGUACCUGGAUAAUAGAGCAAAGAAUUGCGUUUUAUGGCAGCUUGCAGGUGUAAACUCUAUGCAUUCUUCUUCCAUUCGAAGCUUUUUAAGGUUUUGAGCAACCUGAGAUGUUUUUUUUCCUAUUAAAAAUUAUGAAUGUGCUCAGAUAAAAAAAGCCAUAGACUCUUUCGCUCUUGCUGCAUCGAGCUGUUCAGAGGCUCUUUGAUGUGGAUGUCUUGAGGCAUUUGUGAAUGAAGUUCCAACUGUUUGAACGAUGGUAUUCUUGCAUCUUUUAUUGUUUAUACAUCCAUUGAUGCCGAUUGGCUGUUGCUUCGCUGUUGUUCAGACAAUGAACGACUAACCCCUGCAGAAAUAGAGAAAUAUCAGUACAUUGUGUGAGGAACAUAAGCCAAACAAUAUGCUGUAAUAACAUUAGCUUAUUUUAGCAUGUGCAAAGUAUUUAUUUUUAACAUCAAAAUUAAAGAUGAAAACACACAUUGAAUGAAUGAGGCAUUUAUAUAUUGACUGCAGAUGUCCUUGAAUGUGCUUACAAUAUAGCAGACAUUUAUAAAAGCUUAUUGUCUUUUUGACUUCUGACUUGCCAUAAUUCUGUAGUAUAGUUACUGUACUCUAUGAACAGUAGGAUACAGUAGAGUCCCCUGUCAUUGGGACUGUAGGAAUCCAGUCAGAAAGUAGGCUACAAAUGAAUUGGACUAAUCUUCUAGCAAAUUUUGUCAUUAUGGGUCCAUCUGUGGCUCACAGCAGGUGUCAGAAAGAUGGAGAAACAGAAUCCAAAUUCACUGUACCACAGACGGCAGUAUCACCCUCAUCAACGGGAACAUUUGGUUCUGCAAGUGCAAAUGUGUUAUCUCGGGACGUCCUGUAAGAACAGAAUACAUAUCAUGCAUAAAAUCUAAUUUGACUUUAACUCAGUUCAUAUCAUUCACAAUUAUAAACCUUCCUAUAGGGAAGUGUUGUGAAUGCAUUUUUUACUUUUCUUUUAACUGAGGACACCGAGUUAGUGUUUUAAAGCCAUGCACUGUCUUUUCAAUACUAGGUAACACCUUACAAUAAGAUUGUAUUCGAUAACUUAAUUUUAAUAGCUAACAUUCUACUAACAAUGCAAAGCAAAACGUUUUUUAUUAUUUGAGUUAAUUAUCAGUUAAUGUCAAUGCCAACUGUUCACGUCAGUUUAUUAUGCAUUAACUAAUGUUAACAGAAGCAACUUAUGAUUUAAGAAAGUGUAUUGGUAAAUGCUGAAAUAACAUAAACUACGAUUAAUAUGGCUGUAGAAGUAUUGUUAAGUGUUAGUUCUAGUUAGCUACUGCAUUAACUAAUGUUAACAAAAACAACCUAGUUGCAAAGUGUUAACUACUUUACUCAUAUGCCACCUUAAAUACAGAUUAAGACAUUGGAAAAUGGAGGAAAAAACACUGUGGCAGUAUCAAAACAUUUUGUGUUUAAGUGGCCAUAUAGCCCAACACAGGAUUGUCAGACUAUCUGACCUAUAAACAGUGAAAAAUUGGGGGGUGUAAGGAAAAUAAUUGAUUUUAAAAUAAUUUUCAUUGUAGAAAGAAAUAUACAAAAUAACUGACAAUAUCGUGUAUAAAAUGUAAGUCACACAAUACUAACUUCUUGUUUAUAGAAUUAUUGUAUUAAAGCAAUGUAACAUUAAAACCAUGCUGUUGGACUGAAUUUCAAAUGACAGUCACACGAACAUUCAGUACAUCACCAUGCGGGUUGGUGUGAUAUUGCUUGUUAUUGAAUUGUUGAUGUAGCAAUACACAAUAUGUAUCGCCGUCUACUCUCCUCAAAUCUUUUUUCUCAUUUAUUUAUUUCCAAAAUAUAUGCUAUUUACCUUGUAGGCCUAAUUGACAAGAAUAGCUGGAUAUGCAAAACUGUCUUUGUGGGGCCAUUCAUUUCUCACAAUUAUGGAAGAAUCUGCUUUUAAAUAUCUGUGUUUAACAAUGUUUAAUCUUACAGAAAAGAUAACUCGUCAAAAAUAACAAUAUUUGGUGAGAGAAUUUGAUGAUUCUAAACCAACUAGUAGCAGAACCUGCAAAUCGUCGCCGUCCUUCUGAAACCUUGUAUGUCCAAAUCCGCUGUUUUUCGGUUAAUAUAAAAAACACUAUCAUUUUUAAAUAAUUACAAUACUGUGUUAUCAAAGUUGGUAGAACUUUUUAAAACUUUAUAUUGGUUAGAUAUUUGCAAAACCCAGUGACAAACAUAAAGUGUGACUAACAAUGAUGACGGCACAAAAAUCACAAAGAUUUCAGAAGGACAGCAGUUGAAAUGCAUUUUUGACAUAGUUUGACAUCCAUGAAUGUGCGGUUUCAAUCCACAUGAAUAGGCGAUUGCUUGAGAUCUAACCAGUGUUAAACUAUCUUAUUUUAUUCCUUUGUUGGGCCUAAACUAAUUAUUUGUAUAUCAGAAAAAAUGCAUCACAGGAGUGGUGCUGUUUUUUUGUUGAGAAAUGUUAUAUUCAAACAUACUAAGGAUUUUUAUGAAACUUGUGGACAACAGUAUGUUUUAUGCAAUUAUUACAUUUAAAUGUAUGCAUUUGGCAGACGCUUUUAUCCAAAGCGACCUACUUUGCAUUGUAUUAUACAUUUGUUUCUAUCUGAACCCCUGACCUUGGCAUUGCUAAUGCCAAGCUCUAACCACAGCAAAGCUUGUUAAUUUAUUCACUUGUGAAACAGUUAUUACGCAUGACAUGAACCUCGCAGUUGUGGAAUGAAAUCAUAAAGCCAAGACGUCCCGUGAGAACACAGAAGGGACGUAAACCAUUGGUGUGUCAUGAGAUACGAUACAUAUGUUUUCAAGGCUUUACAUGCGUCCAGGCUGCAUUAAGGUUUUAAUGGCUCUCUGGUCGGCGAUGGACCGAAUUCAUUUGCAGUCUGGUGCAGUUACCACAGCUUAUCGAUUCAAAACAAGCGUUCAGUCAAAAUGCCCUUGAGUAGCAAAACAAUUUUUCUCCUUCCUUGUCAUGCCUCCUCUAUUCAUAUCCACAGAAGGAUAGGACGGGCGCAGGUGCAGAAGUGCUCAUUAGUUUCAUGAGAGACGAUGAGAUGGUUUUCAGUGUUGUUCUCGGAGCUCACGGCCACUGUGUGCGUGGCGAUAACUUAUUUUAUGAACACUCCCAUGAAUAUGACAGUGUGUUGUUGUUUUUUAAUGACGUCGGUAUUGUAGAUAUGAAUAACAUAACAUAUAUAUCUGGUGUUGAUUAUGUCAUUUGAAAUAUCUACAUCUGCAGAUUUGUGUCCGUGUGCAUCUCAUAUGGUGUAACCGAACCAUUGUACUUGAGUUUAAUGUGAGGACGAAUGCGGUCAUUGGACCAGCAGCAUCUUAAAUACCACGCUGG